GCAAUUGAUUUUUAAUUUGCCACUUAAUCUUUGUCCUUUCCUUUUCUGUUCUCUUUCUUCCCCCCUCCCCCUUUCACAUCAACCCUAACCCUACCUCACCAAUCAGGUAUUCCCCCUUGCCCUUCCUUGCUAUUCAUCAUUUUCCUACAACUUUUUCGGCUUCCUGUCGAUUUUAGUGGCUUUUUCCUGAUCUGCGAUCUUAAUUGCAGGAUACAACAUGAAGGGAGGUAAAUCCAAGUCAGAUACUAAGGGCUCUAGGCUCGCCGUGAACAAGAAAUCUAGCGCCAAAGCUGGAAAGAAAUCGGGGAAGGCGGCUAAGGAUCCAAACAAGCCAAAGAGGCCUGCUAGUGCCUUCUUCGUUUUCAUGGAGGAGUUCCGUGAGCAAUACAAGAAGGAACACCCAAAAAACAAAUCUGUCGCUGCUGUGGGCAAAGCUGGUGGAGAUAAAUGGAAGAGCUUGUCUGAUGCUGAAAAAGCACCUUAUAUAGCAAAGGCAGAGAAGCGAAAGGUCGAGUAUGAAAAGAACAUGAAAGCCUACACUAAGAGACAGACUGAGGCUCCCAAAGAAGAAGAGUCGGAGUCUGAGAAGUCAGUGUCUGAGGUGAAUGAUGAGGAGGAUGAGGACGAUGAAGAAGGCAGCGGAGAGGAAGAAGAUGAUGACUAAGAAGGAAGGAAGACUUGUUGGAGGAGAUAUAGCAUAACGAGUAUAGGCUGGUGCUUAAUUGGUUAUAUGUUAAUGCUUUUGAUGUUCCCAUGUUAUUCUCUCUAGAUGGGCAUAUGCAUGUCAUCUAAAGGGAAAAAAAAAAUUGUACCUCUUAAUCCUCUUAGUUUCUUUCGACCUUUAAGAAAUUAAUAGCCUCAAAAUUGUACUUUUGAUUCUAACGUUGAAGAAUGGCUUGUAAACAUAUCCUUUUUAGAUGAUGAAGUUGAUGCGUUAAUAUAUUUUAUGUUUUGUGAUUACGUAAAA